AUGCAGGUCGCUGAUUUUCUGGUUACCAAACUCGUAGACGAUACCCAUCUUGCUGGAAGAGCACACGAUGACGAAUGUCCGUCGAAUUUUGGCGAAAAGGCGAAUAUGUCAGCAUGGCCAUCACAAUCUGUCAGACAUUUUCUGCGUGAACUGGUCGUAAACGCUUUGCUUUUACCAUGCUUGGAUCUGCUGGCCGACCCAGACACAAUAAACCAUUUGCUCAUCAUGAUAUUUGAUGCUAAGAAAGGAGAAGAAGCACACGAUGGAAGUGAGAAUGAAAAAAGGGAAGUAACGUUUCUAACAAAUUUCGCCGAAAGCUCUUCUCAAACAGUUCCCGACUCUCUGCUACAUUUGAGGUUGAGUGAGGUUCUUCGAGACGCACGACAGUAUUCAACUUUUCGUCUAUAUUUACAAGAUACACAUGGUCCCGUAAAUGAGCUUUGUUUUCUGGCAGAGGCUUCUCGGAUCCACGACAGCAUGCAAAGGAAGGUAAGUAAAAUUGUCGGUUCGUCCCUUUGAUA